AUGCAAUCUGUCUCCUAUGCUGCCCCCAAGUUUGCAAAAGAGAGAGGGUGCCGUACAAUUGUUUUGGUGCCAGAUGAGUACGAAACCCGCAUCGGCCUUGCACACGGCACUGAGCCUAUCUUGGUCCCUGCCCUGGUUGCUGUGCGGACACGAGAAUCUCCUACGCGGGGUAGUGGUGUUCAUCGGUAUCACUUUCCUUUAUUCUAUGAACGGCUUAUGCUUAAUUCUUUAAUAAAUGGGUAUCCACAGGCACCCUUGUCUAAAUUCCAAGAGUUUAAGAAGGAUUACCCCCAGAUGGUGCCUUCAGCAGAUACUAUCGACGAAACAGACAACGAUGAGCAGGUCAGGGAGCUGUCUGACCCUUUUUUAUUCGGAAAGGACGUUCUAUCGGCAUCGUUAGCCGAGAAUUAUGACAUUUAUAAUGUGUUUACCGGCGGCGGGCAUUUAAACGUUCAGGGGUGUAGUUCACAGCUCCAAUAUUUAAAGCUUUUAGAGCGUUUUAUCCGCUACUUAUUCACCCAGGUUGUCUCACGCUUUGAAAGUAACCUUAUAGAGCUUCAGGAGCUCACUGGGGCCUUUAAAGUCAACCAGGAGCCAAAGCGUGCCGAGGACAGUCUUGGGGCUUUGGGUUCCUCCGCAGGACCAAUCGCUGUCCCUGUGGCACCCCCUCACAACCUGGAUGUAGCAGAUGGUGGCGGUGAAGGCGAAGUGCAAGAACUGAAGCAGGAGAAGCAAGAAAAGAAGGCUAGGCCAAAGGCUAAGCGACCCUGCGUUCAGAUAACAAAGGACGAUACUAUUGUAGCAGACACAGACAUACCCAUAUACCAAUCAGAAAGCGAGCUGCGGCAGGUGACGGCUGCCACAAGCAACCUGUUUGGCACCAAUGCCAGAUCAUUGCUCCCCACAAGGGAGAGGUUGCAGCUCUUCCACAAGCGCAGGCGACUCAACUACCUUGCAGCCCCAUAUGCACCCGAGCAAUAUACCAUCGCCGUUGUGCUCCCAGACACAAUCACUCGUGCAGAAUUGAGCAUUUGGACCGAAAUUAUAUAUGGCAGGCUGGGAUUUUCGGGGGCAUUCAUCUCAACUGCGACCCCCAUGGCAUCUUCCUUCUCCAGUGCCUCAUGCAUGACGCUUUCAGCCACGGCAUCCUGUUCUAGAGCCUGCAUCGCAGACCCAAGCAACUUCUCAUUAAAUAAUGCAUAUGCCCCUCUGACUAUAUGCGGAGACGUUAUUCUAGGAACCGUUGCUGGCGUGUUGCACUCUCUCGUCGAGGUCGGCAGAAGGAAGACACCGUCGAUAGACACUGCUGAAUCAAUGAGCAACUUGGUCGCUCUCCAUGACUUUCUACAUCUGUAUCUGCUUAAGAAAGAGAACGCUCUUCUGUAUUUUCAGGAGGCUUAUGCUCAGCUUCUCGAGCAGCUGGUUCUCCCGGACAAGUCCCUGUUGAAUCAGUAUUUUGAGUGCAAGUCGAACUGUUCCCCGGAGGAAUUUAAUUGCCUUGCAAAAAAUAUAAUAAAGCACAUCUUAUUCAGUUCUGAACAUGUGCUCUUUAGUUUGCUGCGGAAUAAUGGUUUGUCAUACGAGGCAUUGACUGCACAACCUGACGAUGAUGUCCAGGCCCCAGUCAUCAGUCUUGUCCAAAGCUAUCCACAGAGAUUUCUUUCUGUGCUACUCAAAAGGCAAUCUGACCAGCAACAACAAGAGCAAUGCGGUGAAGGCAGUGAAACCUUUAGGAAUGGUAAGGAUGAUAGCGGCGUAAGCAGAGAUAGGUAUGCAUCUAUGGGACAGUCUAUGGAGCAAUCUAGGCCAAUUUCUACGUGUCUUACAGUGAGUUUAGGAUAUGUGGGCUUGGUUGCUGCAGUUUGUCUAUUGAAUAAUUGGCUGUUUGAGACGCCCAAGCCUCACUUCCCUGUACUCUAUGCUAGCCAGCAUGCGGGUACAGGACUCGAAAAGUUCUUGGUUGAUGAUACUAAUUUCUCUCUUCGCACACUAUCACCGAAUGAGCACUUGCAAAAUUUAAAUGCAAGCCGCUUGCUGGAUAUAGAUUCAAGUGCAUGCAUUGGCCAGUUUUCGUUUCCAUUUGACACCGUAAAGAAGGAGGUGAUUGACAUGUACCAGAAAAUCCCCACUACGGAUUCCUCAGCAGGAGUCUCUGUGAACGCUGUUCUGGCGACAAAGUAUGGAGCCCCAGAGACACUUUCUAGAGUACACUCUGUCUUGUUUGCAAUCUUCAUGCACUUACUUAGGCUUUCUUACCUUGUUGACAGCAUGCUCAAUAAGGAAGAAGCCAAGGGGAAAGGUGGGCAAUCAGUUACUUCUGCCUCUACCAAAGACGCGCCUCCAGAUGAGCUAGAGGCGUCGGACACAAUAAAGGAGCCCGCAAUAAAGAACACCGUGCCUGCAUCUGGUCCAGCCAAAGGGAAAUCGCAGGGGUAUGCUACCGGUAUCAGCCUCAAUUCAAAGGUUGCCUCUGUUUUGCAGAUCUUCAAGAGCAUCGUAACAACUGGAAUGCUUGUCUAUCUCCCUGGAUUAGUAGAAUACCUUGGACAAAGCUUUUUAAAGGAGGAGAGCUAUCCUGAGCUUCUAGAAUUAGGUGUCAAAAAGGAUGACGUUACGAUAAGGUCUGCCAGCCUAGAGUGGCUAGAUCAAAACUUCCGCAUAGGGCCCGACCGAACAGCCUCUUUGGAGUGGCUAGGGGGCGCCUGGAGCGCACUCUGCGAUGCGGGCAUAGAAUGCUAUGUUACCUCAGAGGAGUUCCGUGCUUAUGGCGUUCGUGUAUUCAUGGAGCGUGCGCUCUUCUUUUAUCCGUAA